AUGAGCAGACCUCGCACUCCCACCCACACCCCCUACCUCACCUCUCCGGAGAGACCCCAGCCCAAGCGUACCUGCCGCGGGUACUGGUGCACGAAGCUGAAGCCCAACCGCAAGGUGUGCGGCAGGCACUUCACCACCCUGCAGGGCUACAAGUCGCACCUACGAUCGCCCAGGAAGCAUGCCGCCACUGUUGGCCCGGCUGCCCCCACGCCGCAGCGAGACGACCAAGCGCCCCCGCUCACCGACGGUCCCAGCUCUCUACAACAGCUGCUUCUUCUCAUCGACAUCAUGCCCCUCGGUGAGUUGGUGGAGCUCCACUACCAAGUGGCCAAAACUGUGCGUCGCCGCCUUCCGGCGGAGAUGGCCGGCCGUGGCGCGGCUGUAAGCCACGGGAGCGAGAGCGUGUGCACUUCCCCCACCCCCGCGAUGGCGGAGGCGAACCAACGACAACAGCUGGGCACGGACAGCGAGGAACAAUUCCUGAACGACGUGUUCGCUCUUCUUCCGUGA